AUGGCUAAUGUUGAAAGAGAAGACAACAUGUUGAACGAGGAGCAAGAAUCAUCUCAAUCCAACAGUAGCAAUGGCUCGAGUAGUGUUGUGCAGCCGUCCAGCUUCCAGCUGAAGUCAAGCGUCCUUAGACAGUCUACCUUCGGUGGAGCGUCGUUUCUUGGUGGAGGUGGAUCUUCAUCGAGCAAUAGCAUAUCAUCGUCACCAUCACUGGCCGGUUCCAUGGGUGGAGGUGCAAGCUUGGGAAACAGCUUUAACCUGAAGCCAAGCGUGCUAAAACCAUCACAGCUUACCUUUGGUGGAAUCGGGGGUAUCAAAGAAGGCAAUGGUGCUGCAGACAAGAAUGGUAACGAUUCGUCGGGUAUCGCCUCCACAAACCCUUUCCUGAAGACGCAGUUCAGCGAAGACGAACCAUCGGAGUCCGAUGCAAAAACCAAUUCGGCUGAAAGUAGCAAAUCAGCUGUUGAAAAGGACGGUGACAACAGUACGAACAGAAAUAAUAUCGAUCCGUUGGCAAAGUUAAAGAGUGCCUCCCUGCCAAAAUCGAAUCUGUUCGCUAACGUUAAAAAAUCGGCGCUCAGUGAAGCUUCGUGCGGUUUUGUUUUCGGUCAGAAUGUGCACGAACGCGUGACGGGCGAAAAUCUUAACAAUGCCAGCGGCAACAAUCUACCGACCACUGGUUUUUCAUUCGCUACUAGCGUUGCAGCAACGGCAGGCGAAACUGGUUUGGGCGGCACGGUCAAUACGGCCAGUGCAGCAUCAAAUGCAACUGGCACCACGCCCGGAAAGGAAGGAUCAGAUUCAUCCGAUGGCAGCAGCAGGGAGCCAAAGGAUCGCGAAAGCCUGGAAGAAGCGGCCCGUCGGUAUGAAGAGAGCCGGGGAGCUCUAAAGCGCAAAUAUGAAGAGGUGGAAACAAUCACUGGCGAGGAAGAUGAACGAAAUGUGGUGGAAAUUAACUGCAAGCUGUUUGCGUUUGCCAAGUCAAACUGGGAGGAGCGUGGCCACGGCAUGCUCAGACUUAACGACAAAGACAACAAUGAAUCUCGUGUUGUGUUUCGGCAGUCCGGAAAUCUGCGUGUUUUGAUCAACACUAAGGUGUGGGCCGGAAUGGUCGCCCAACAACCGAGUCAAAAAAGUUUGCGUCUAACAGCUAUUGACAGCACGGGACAGAUUAAAGUAUUUCUUGUGAUGUCCCGCCCAGAUGUGAUUACGAAACUCCAUAAAGAACUUUCGAAACGCAUUGAAACGGCAAAACAAACGGCCGAGAUGGAAGCAGCGAAGGAAAACAAGGACGAUAAUAAAACCGUCAUUCCCGUCGAUCCCUCCUGCAUAGAUGGCGCGGAAGCGGACGAUGGAUCCACAAUACCUGUUCCGGUGGACGCAGAUACUGAUGAGCCGAGUUUGAAGAAACGGGCUAGCAUAACGUCACCGCCAUCCUCUUAA